AUGGAGCCGGCGGUGCUGGCUCCGCACAACCUCUCGCACCACGAGCCAAUCAGCUUCGGCAUAGACCAGAUCCUGAGCGGCUCCGAACCCCCCGGGGGCGGCCUAGGCCCAAGCCGUGCGGGCCAGGGACCUGGGGAAAGUGCGGCGUUCUCGGGUGGAUUCCACGGCGCCUCCAACUACGGUCCCGCGGGCUCGUUGGCCCCGCUGCCCGGCAGCUCCGGAGUGGGCCCGGGCGGCGUGAUCCGCGUCCCCGCGCACCGCCCACUGCCCGUGCCGCCGCCCGCGGGAAGCGCGCCUGCGGUGCCCGGGCCCUCGGGUUUGGGCGGCGCCGGAGGCCUAACAGGACUCACCUUCCCCUGGAUGGACAGCGGCCGCCGCUUUGCCAAGGACCGGCUUACGGCCGCGCUCUCACCCUUCUCCGGGACCCGCCGCAUAGGCCACCCCUACCAAAACCGGACACCCCCGAAGCGGAAGAAGCCGCGCACGUCCUUCUCCCGCUCGCAGGUCCUGGAGCUGGAGCGGCGUUUCCUGCGCCAGAAGUACCUGGCCUCGGCCGAGAGGGCGGCGCUGGCCAAGGCCUUGCGCAUGACCGACGCACAGGUCAAGACGUGGUUCCAGAACCGACGCACCAAGUGGCGGUGAGGCGCGGCGGAGGCCGAGCGGCACCGCGCCGGCCGGCUGCUCCUGCACCUGCAGCAGGACGCGCUGCCGCGGCCGCUGCGGCCGCCGCUGCCCCCGGACCCGCUCUGCCUGCACAACUCGUCGCUCUUCGCGCUGCAGAACCUGCAGCCCUGGGCCGAGGACAACAAGGUGGCUUCCGUGUCCGGGCUCGCCUCGGUGGUGUGA